CCGAACGAGACCGCAGCAGAACUUUCAUGUCGCCCUCUGGCUAGACAUUAGAAAUAUAUAUCCGAUAUAUAUAUAUAUAUUCAUGUGCUACCAGCUGGCAGUGGCAGUUUUGAGUGCGGCGCGACGCGUCAAGUGAAAUCGAAUUAUAUCAAAGAAGAAGCCAAUCAAGCCAAGCGAGAUAUCAACGACACAAGAUGACGACACAUUUGCUCAACAAGAAUGUCCGGACUAUGCCCUCCUGGGUGACCGAGGCGAACGACCGCAUCGGACCGAAGCCGCCACCCACGCCACCCAAUGGAGUGGGUGGCGGUUUGCCCAAGGCCCCCGCCCUGCCGCCUAAGGCAAAGAGCACCCCGGAGCCAGACUACGAGGUCAUAGAGUUCUCCAAUCAGCAACAGUACUCCAACGAACCCCUGAAGACCACAGUGAUCCGGACUAAGACGCCAGACAACAAACUAAAGUGCACCUUGUGCGGCUCCCAGAAUCCCUGGGUAACUUGCUCCGAGUGCGCCGGCCAGAUCUUUUGCGCCUCCUGUGACGACAUGUUCCACAAGCAUCCCAAGCGCAAGCAACACAUGCGAAAGGCCGUGGAGCAGGGCACGCCGCCCAUUCCCCCCAAGAUUUCAGCUGGUGGUGGGGCACCGCCUCCGGUGGCGCCACCGCGUCGCAGCAAACGCGGCCUGCUGACACCCUUCUUGGGCCGCAAGGAUCAGAUGCUGCCGCCGCCCUCGCCCACGCCCUCGCACAAGUCGCUCGGCGGCUGGCGAGGAUCGCUCGGUGGCGGGGCCACCACUCCUCCCGGGCCAGUCGCCAUCACCUCCGCAUCCGCAUCCUCGACCCAGAUGAACAACAGACCUCUCCCAGAGCCACCGCGCAGCGAGGGUGGCGGUUCCUCCAGAUCGGGAACCCCCAAGUCCGUGUUCGACUCCAUCCAGCGCCCGCCAUCGGUGCAACUCGAGAAGAUUAAGAGUAAGGCAAGCGCCACGCUGGAUCGCAUGGCCAUUCUGCAGCAAAGGUACCGCCAGCAGAAGGCCCGUCAGGAUCUCAGUGCCAACAGUGAGCAGCAUUUGAAUGGAGCCGGGUUCGAGCACUGGUCAAACAUUUCACCAUCGCCCUCGCAUUUUCGUUCCGGCAGCAUGUCAUCCGGUUUGAACUCAUCCCAUUUCGAUCUCUCGGAUGACUCACACAACUUUCACAAUUCCCUGCUGCUUCAACAACGACAGGCAGCCGGUGCCCAGCGGCGUCAGAUGAGCACCUCGGUGUUCAACCUGAACACGCCCCAGCGCCGUCCCUUGGCGGAGGCGCAGAAUGGAAGUGCCUGGCUGGCCAAUCAGCGCAUUCAACAGGCCCAAUCAUUAGCGCAGCUUAACUGCGCCGGAUGUCAGCAGAGCCAGCAGCAUCCUGGCUGGCCACAGCAUUCGCAUCACCAGCAUGCCCAGCACCAGCAUCCCGACGACUGGUCCCAGUUUGGCUCCCAGCAGCAAUUCAACAACUCAAAUCUGUCCCUUAACCUGGGACCGGGCUACAUGCCACAGCAGCACCAUCCCCACUACCCGCCGCCGGUGUUCAUGACCCAACGUGGAAUAAUGCCUAACAUGUACCCCGGGGCUCCCGGCUAUCCGAUGAUGCAUCCAGGUGUCAUGGGAAUGCCACCAUCCGCUGCCUCUAGAGCCGCCUCCAGAUCUCGCUACGCCGCAUCGCCCACGCCCAGCCGCAAGUCCAUGUCCCUGCGACGCAAGCGCAGUAGCUACGUGGACGACGAGCUGACGGACGAUGAGGACUCUGACCAGGAUGACCGUCGAUCACUGGUCUCGAACCGCUCGGGAAUGACCAGUGCCUCGCGCUCCCAGGCGCACCAGCACCACCAACACCAUCAGACCCGCCAGCGCCGCCUGUCCAGUGCCUCGCAGCUGAUCGCCAACGAUGAGCUGGACGGAGAGCAGAGGGGGCACGGAUCCAGGCAGCACAAGGUGCGGGAUCGACGUGGAUCGGUGGCCAAGUCGGUGCAGAGCGAGUGGUUGCCGGAAAGACGGGACUCCCAGGGCAGCAAUGGCGGGACCCUCACCAGAAACAAACCACCAGCCACGGACUCGGCACGCACCAGUCGCAUUUACUCCGACUUGGAAUCGGAAGGCUCGGGUGCCAGGGCCCUGGUUCAGGCGAAGAUCCAGCAGAAACUCCAGGAGGCAGAUCAGCACAAAUCCGCGAAGAAGGUCGAACAAAAGCGCAAGCCCGAGAUGAAGGACGAGAACACACAGGCAGCGGCGGUGGUGCCGAAGGCGGCGGUGCCAGUGGCUCUGGCGCAACAGGAAAGUGAUUCGGAAUACGAGGAAGUGGUCGAAGAGGUCACCGCUUCGGAGAGUGAGGCCGAUGCUCCAGCAGCACCUAAGCCCGAGGAGGUCGCCCUCGAUACCGAUGAUUUGGGUCCACCGCCCUCAACGCCAGAUCAUGAAUGGGAGUGCGAAUUCUGCACCUUUGUGAACGAGCCCAACAUCAAAAUAUGCUCCAUAUGCUGCAAAACCCCCAGCAAGCCGCCGGCGCAACCCAACAAGUCCAAGAAAGUGGAGGAGGAGAAGACACAAGUACAGGCAAAAACCGUACAGUCCAGCAAGAUUCAGGCUGCAUCCAAGCCGGAAGUCACCGUAGUGCGAAAGUCCUCCUUGAAGGGACAAAAGCCCGUCCAGAAGGCCAGCACUGGUACCACCACAGCCACGCCCGUUUCCAACAAAACCCCCACACGCUCCAAUGGACCGGCAGCUGUCGGCUCCAAGAACGCUUCGAGUAUUCCCGUCAAGACCAUCCCGAAGCCCACUCUUAAGACCUCAUCAGAAAACGAAUCUGAUAACUCUAUGGCCAAGGGCUUUUUGCACAAAGAGUCCGUUGAAAACAUUUGGAAUACGCUGGAUGAGAGCAUUCAGGCGCAGGCGGAAAAGGUGCUCAAGCAGGCCCAGAAGGUGUCCACGGGCUGUGGCGGCACACCGCCACGAGAAAUAGCGGCUGUGGAAAUGGGAACUUCGCCGCCUCCUCAGAGCAUUUCCACACAAACCUACGACGCCUUGCCGUUCAGCUCGAAGUCGGAAGAGAUCCCGACUGUGGUUCCAGAUCGCUUCAGGACCCCGCCGGAGUCGAGUAAAAUGGAGCGACGUGCCCACUAUCGCAGCAACUCACAGCUGACGCAAGAGAACGAACGGUAUCGCAGUGCCAACGAUCUGAGAUACCACGAUGGCUACAGCUUGGAUCCGUAUAGUGCUGGGCAGGUCACCAGGCGACCAAAUUUCAUAAACGAGCUUCGAAUGAUACAGCAUCAGGCCACCUCGCCAUUCGACCUGCCCCACGAGACAUUCGGGAUGAAGCACGAGCCCGCCCGAGAUCCGGAAACCGAGAUGCACAUCAUACUGAAGGAGCUCGAGCUGUACAAGUUCACGGUGGAGGAGCUAGAGGCUGCGCUGAAGUACUGCUCCCCGGACACCCAUCCCAUUCAGUGGCUGCGCGAUAACUGGCUUAAACUGGUCCAGACCGUCCAGAGCCUGUCCACCAAGUACGGUCAGGAGAGGGCUGAAAACACCAUAGGCACCGUCUCCCAGAAUGAGGCGCGCGAGGCCCUUCGAAGCUCUGGCGGCAACGUGUGGCAGGCGGUGGCCGACUGCAUCCAGCAGCGACAGCAGAAGUACCGAAAGCUAGCGUCCAAGGGGAACUUUCUGAGGGACGACAUCGUCAACGCGCUAACGGGGCACCAAGGUAAUGUGGAGCAGGCGCUGCUGGAGCUGAAUCGCACGCAACUCAAACCAUUUCUUAUGCGCAUUUGGGGCUCGCCGAAUGGCGUUGAGAAUGAAAGUGGCGCGGCCACCACAGACACCAAGUCGGAUAUCCAUGACUUUCUGAACACUCAUGCCCUGGACUGCCUGCAGCCGCCAUUGGCCGGCGAGAGUCCCGGUCCCGCCCAAGCCAAUCCCUUUGACACGCCCCUCAAUGACGACAGUCCCGCCAAGUCCACCUAUGCCACACCCAGUCCUUACCAGAUGGAGGACAGCACCCUGAAGAAUCUGGAGAUACUCAUUGGCAACAUGGAGCAGAACCAGGCCAAGCAGAACCAGGAAGUGCUGCGAUCCAUCGAGAGCAUGCUGGAGACCUUCAAGGGCAAGCCGGAGCUGGAGUACGAAACGGAUCCGGAAGUGAUGAGGAUUCUGACGAAGAGCCCCAUCAGCACGCUGAAGCCACUUGGACAGGAGGAGGACAGGAACACCGAUGACGUCAAGAACUUCGUUUGGCAGCAUAUCCAGGACAUUGUGCCUAAUCUGGUGCAACAGGUCGAACAAGAGCUUAUGGAAAGGACCGAACCUGUGAGCGAGGAAGUGAAAACUCAGCCCUUGGCUGAGCCCGAGCCCGAGCCGCAGCCACCUGUUGAUCCUGCAGUCUACAUCAUGGAAGAGGUAAUCAAGCCCAACCUACGAGAAGCUACAAUACGUGAAGAGCUUCCAACCAAUUUUAUUUACGCCACGGAUAUAGCCAACUUUAAGUUGGAAUUUGAUCGUGGAACUGAGAGGUGGCACGAAGAAGAAUGGGAGCUGGAUGACCUAGAAGAUGCCGAGCGCAUAGUCUUCAAGAGCUACAUGGCACCAAAAGAUGCAGCUUCAAAACAAGCUGACCUGAAGUUAGAGAAGCCUGUGCCGCCACAAGAAACACUUCAAGAAGCUGAGCCAGAACCAGCCAUAAACCUAGAGAAGACUGAAAAUACAGAGCCUGUAAAGGUAGAAAUAGCAGUGGCGGAAUCCCCUGCUGCAAGUGAACUAGUUAAUAAAUCAAAUGAAAAGCAAACAAAAGAAGCUGACAAAGAACAUGCCGAAGAAAUCAAUAUUUCGACUCAGCCAAAUGUAACAGACUCUCAAGUCGAAUUGGAUGACAAGCCCAGCACGAGCAGAGACGCCAGCAGGAGAAACAAUCGAUCGCAGAAAUCAAAGAAAAUGCGAUCUAGAGAGUCAAGUCAAAAACCCAUUAACCGGGUGAGGUUACCAAAAGAUGCUGAGCCAAAGCAAAAUGAAAACAAAGAGGUACAAAUGGAUUGCAUUUCGAAGGAGGAAUUAAUUUCUGCUGUUAAAGACUCACCAACUGAAGCUUCUAAUGCUCAGUCAGUUGAAGUUUUAACCGAUGAAAGGAUUAUUUCUAACCAACCAGCAUCCGAUCAAGUCAAAGAUGAAUCAGAAGUCGAACUAAGUGCAGGCGAGAAGAACAUUAUUUCCCUUCCUUUAGAUAUUGGAGAAACCAAUGAUAUUAUAACGAAUGAACAUAUAGAGAGUACACCAGAAGUUGCUCAAGUAGUGCCUUCAGCACCAGUUGAAGAUACCCAAGAGCCUAAGGAACUUAAGGACAUUAAGACGGCAAAUGAAACCGAAGAACAUGCAAUGGCAGAAAUUGUUCCUACCCCCAGUCAAUUAUUUGUUGCUGAAAACACAUCUGAGAGUGCUUCGGCCAGUGAAGUUCAGGCUGAAAAUACUCCCGUUUCCAGUAUCGCUCCAGAAAUGCAAGAAUCUCCGCCAACAGAUGCAACUAAGGAAAUAGUGCCUAGUACUCUGAUAAAUACCGAUCACAAACGGAGCCCGAAGCGGUUUUCAAAGAUUCCAGUGAGAACCCUUAGCAGCAGUAGUCUUCGCAGUGAAAGUAGAGCCAGCAAUCGAACACCUCCAGCCACUGAUGAACUCGAAAAAGAGGAGGCAGCAACUAAUAAACUUAAAAAACAAGAGACAGCCGCCAAUGAUGAACAAAUCAUAGAGCAAGCUUUGGACAUUUCAUCAGCUGACCAGAAAGAAGUACCCUUAGUGGAUGAUAAAACCAUGCCGGCAGAAAAGACUUCAGAAGCCACGGAAAGGGCGGACGCAGAACCGGCAGAACUACAGAAUCAACCAAUAAACGAAGAGAAGGAGGAAGCUCACAUCCCUGUCAUAACAGCUAUUGCAGUUAGUCCCACCGACUCCGAUGAAGUGUUUGAAGAUGCCACCGAGUUCAGUGGCAGCGAAAGCACCAGACCCCACGACGAAACCGCUUCUGAUACUGAACUGUAUAGCCUGGACAGCGAUGAGGCCCGGAUGGAAACCAAAUCCCCAGAGAACGAAGUAAUUCUCGUGCUGGACGAGGAGUCUGUGUUGGAAUCUUCUGUAGCAAAGUCCAGCAGCAACGCAAGUAUUGGCUCGCAGUCUAGUCAAUCCGAAACGUCCAAGGUUGUCCUCAAGGAAUUCGUACCCUCCGGCGACCCAGCAAAGCAGAACCUAAGCGAACUGGUAGAGGACACUCAGCGGCUGAUAAAGCAAAUGCGCGAUGAGAUCAGCAUGGAUGAAUUCGAGUCAACCGACGAGGACGAAUACUCCGACGAGUACUCAGACGAAUAUGACGAGGGAGAGGAGGAGGAGUGGUACGACAGCGAGGGCGAGGAGGAAGGCGACUAUGAGGGCGAAGAUGGCAACACUUAUAACGAGAACGCGUCCUUCAUUGAGGAGGCAUCCACCGGUGACGAGGGCACCGAAAUCGAGGACAUCAUGGAGGAGGACGAAGAUGUGGCGGAUGAAGAGGAGUUACAGCUCACACAACCCGCAUCAGUCCAUCAAACAGUCACCUCACGCGCUCUAUCAGUCACGCCCACAAACCCCGAAGCUGAUCCGGCCCCAGAGACUGAGGUUAUUUCCUCCGCAGGAAGGAGUCUGGCGGUCGAAUCGCUGCCCCCUCCAGUGACCCCCGAUUUGCCAGUACCUUCUGAUCAAGAAGUGGUGGCUGUAGAGGCCCUGCCAAUAGAGGCUCCUCCCAUUGUAGCAGAUUCGGAGAGUCGUCCCCCUGAAGUACCGACGGAAGUGGUCUUGGAUAUCCCGCCAGAGGUUGAAUCCCCCAAUGAAGUUGAUUUGGAGCCUGUCGUGGAACCCAUCGCCCUGCCCAUAACACCCUCACCACCCAUUGUCGACUCCGAGUCGCGACCCGUGGAGCCACCGGUCGAGACCGUGCUGGAAGAACCCAAAAAGGUAACCACGCCCGUGAAAGCCAAGACAGUUAACAGACCAACAGCCACAUCUGAUGGAUCUGUCAAAGCCACCAAGACUCCCUCCACAAUAAGCACACCUAAGACAACAAAAUCCACAGUCAGUAAGAUACCCAAGCCCACAAAUGAACCCACCAACAGUACGAGUGGCCCACCCCCGAACAAGAAGGUUCCUCUGCGCUCCAAGUCCUUUUCGGCGCCCAUGGGAAUCUCGUCCGUGAAACGGAUUCAGCAGGAGUACCUGCAGAAGCAGAGCUCGGCGAGUGCGGCCAGUCGAGUCCCUCUUAAGAGCACUCCGACCACAAAGAAAUCCAUCAGUGAUGCCAUCACCAGAUUCAACUCGAACACCGCCGCUCUGGGGGAUGGACCCAGCACCAGCGGAGCUGCUGCAGCGGCUGCAGCGGCGCUACUGAAGCCCCGUUCCCAGCCCCGGAUACCCAAGAAGAAAUACCACGAGACCUGCUUCUCCGACGACGAUUACGAGACCUCGGCCACGGAGGAGGAGCAGGAGGACCUGGCCGAACCACUCAGAGCAGAACUGCUAAAGCGUAAGCUGAGUAUGCCCGUCUUCCGGGCGUAUCCUAGUGUCCAAGAGCCGGUUAUCGAGGACCCAGCGGUGCUGGCCCGCAAAUAUGUUGAGCAGGAGCUGGUGACCAAUAUUGGUGAGGCCCAGAUAGCCGCCACCUUGGUGAACAUGAAGUUCCAAGAGGACGUGGCCCUGUGGGCGGCCAGGGAGUGCUCCGACCUGGACCAGGCCAUUGCCAUGCUUCAGCAGGAGUGCGAGCUGUGCAUGAGCUCCUACCCGAUGAACCAGAUCGUGUCCAUGCUCAAGUGCACUCACAAGUGCUGCAAACAGUGUGCCAAGGGCUAUUUUACAGUGCAGAUCACCGAUCGCAGUAUCAACGACUGCAGCUGCCCUUUCUGCAAGCUUCCGGAGCUGAGUAACGAGGCACAGCACGAGGACGAACACUUGGAGUACUUCUCCAACCUGGACAUCUUCCUCAAGAGCAUCCUCGACGGCGACGUCCAUGAACUGUUUCAGCGCAAGCUGCGCGAUCGCACCCUGCUGCAAGAUCCAAACUUCAAGUGGUGCAUCCAGUGCUCCUCGGGCUUCUUCGCCCGGCCCAAGCAGAAGCGUCUCAUCUGCCCCGACUGCGGCUCGGUGACCUGUGCCCAGUGCCGCAAGCCAUGGGAGCGCCAGCACGAGGGCAGCAGCUGCGAGGCGUAUCUGGAGUGGAAGCGUGAGAACGAUCCCGAGCUGCAGGCCCAAGGUGUCCAAGAGCACUUGGCCCAGAACGGCAUCGAUUGCCCCAAGUGCAAGUUCCGCUACUCGCUAGCCAGAGGCGGUUGCAUGCAUUUCACCUGUACCCAGUGCAAGUUCGAGUUCUGCUAUGGCUGUGCCCGACCCUUCAUGAUGGGGGCCAAGUGCACGGUGUCCCCGUACUGCGCCAAGCUCGGCCUCCACGCCCACCAUCCACGCAACUGCCUCUUCUAUCUGCGCGACAAGAUACCCCUGCAGCUGCAGUUCCUGCUUAAGGAGCAAAAGGUACAGUUCGACACGGAGCCCCUGCAGCUGAUGGACGAGUCCAGCAGUUCGUCGCAGGCUAGGGCUCUGGCCCGCUGUCCCAUUCCCCUGCAGAAGGAGACGCCGCAGGGACUGGUGGACACUGUGUGCAACACCGAGGUUCCCGACAAGCAUGCCGGCAUGUGUCGCACCCACUACGUUGAGUAUUUGGCCAGCAAGGUGGCCAAGGCUGGCAUCGACCCGCUGCCUAUUUUCGAUCUGACAGACUGCGUUCAGGAGCUGCGUAGGCGUGGCAUUGCCCUGCCGGAGCGCGGACCCUGGGACACCGAUGAGAUCUACAAAAACAUGUGCUCCGAGGUAAUCAAACAGCAUAUUCCACUGAAAUUGGCAUGAGUAGCAGAAGUCGGCGAAGCAGAAGUGAUAUCGUGGAAGCGGUUGACGUCGAGUGCUACUGCAAUACUUCACUCAUUUUUAUGAUUUAUGGCAGCGCUUUUAUAGACAUUUUUGUACACACUCACAAACACCUGGUUUAGACAGCUCCUUAGGCAUUAGACACACACAUGCAACACCUGCAACACCUACUCAGCUAACCAGCCAGCCAGCAGCCUCCCCGCUUUGUUUAGUUACUAAGCGAUUGAGAAAAACAGACCCAAGAUCCGCACGUGGAUCAACUGCAUCAAAUAAAUUGAAUAUUUGCGAAUCCAGUGCAGCUGAUUCUCUUUAUUA